AUGGUAGAGUUCACCAGGCUCCGGGCGCUCUUCAAGGCUGGGAAUACAGAGGAUGACUCGGUCAUGGUAACUAGAAGAACCGUCGUGGACAGCAAACACGAGGGCGCUGCUGGCGAUGUCCCACAAAAUCAGGAUGAGGCACAAACAGAGGUGCCCAGUGAAGACACCCAGCGUGGUGUGCACAAUGUUGAGGCCCUGACCUUGACAUGGUCCAAGAGAACCCUCAUUGCGGUCUUCAUCAAUAUAUGGUUUCUUUACCUCGUCAACGCUUUCCAGUCGACCAUCCUCUCCAGCCUCCUCCCGUUCGUCACCAGCAAAUUUGAGUCCCACUCGUUGCUGAAUGUUAUCUACGUGGUGUCGAACGCCAUGUGCGCCGCCACCUAUAUCCCGCUGGCUAAGAUCAUGGAUCUCUGGGGCAGAGCGGAGGGAUUCCUGAUCAUGACCGUUUUUGCGACGGUUGGCUUGCAAGCUCACUCGCAGCAGGUCUUCUACAGUAUUGGCUUCGGGGGCAUGACGUACUGUAUGGACGUCAUCACCGCGGACGCAUCGAAGCUCAAGAACCGUGGACUGGCAUAUGCCUUUACGUCGUCGCCCUACAUCAUCACAGCAUUUGCGGGGCCCAAGGCUGCAGAAGACUUCUACUACAAAGUCAAUUGGCGCUGGGGGUUCGGUUGUUUUGCUAUUAUCUUUCCGGCUGUCGCGGCGCCUCUGUACUUUAUGUUGAAGUUCAACCUCCGCAAGGCCGUCAAGCAGGGUUUGACCGCCAAGGGGGACAGUGGACGGACAUUUUUGCAGAAGAUUUGGCACUAUAUUAUCGAGUUUGAUCUAUUCGGUGUUGUGAUCUUCUCCGCCGGUCUCAUCGUCUUUCUCUUGCCAUUCGAGAUUGCCGGCGACGCCCCUCACGGCUGGAGCACCGGAUACGUCAUUGCAAUGAUCGUGGUCGGCUUCGUGAUGCUCAUCAUCUUCAUCCUGCAUGAAGUCUUCUUGGCCCCCGCGCCCAUGUUGAAUUUCAGCUUCAUCUCCGACCGCACGGUCAUCGGCGCCUGUCUUCUAGACGCUACCUACCAGAUCUCCUACUCCUGUUGGGCCAACUACUACACCUCCUUCCUGCAAGUCGUCAAUGACUUGACCCUCGCGGAGUCCGGCUACGUGAUGAACACCUUUGACGUCGUCUCGGGGGUUCUCCUCCUGAUCGUGGGGUUCCUCAUCUCCCGCACCGGCCGCUUCAAAUGGCUCCUCUACAUCUCCGUUCCGCUAUACGUCUUCGCCCAGGGCCUCAUGAUCUACUUCCGCCGCCCCAACCAAUCCGUCGGCUACCUGGUUAUGUGCCAGAUCUUCAUAUCCAUCGGCGGCAGCGUCUUCAUCAUCGUCCAGCAGCUAGCCAUCCUCGCUGCCGUCGACCACCAGCACGUCGCCGCCGUGCUGGCCCUCCUCAACGUCGUCGGCACCGUCGGCGGCGCCAUGGGCUCCAAUAUCUCCGGCGCCAUCUGGACCAAUACCUUCAAGAAGGCACUCAUCCGGGAUCUGCCUUCGUCAGAAAUGGGGAACCUCGACAGUAUCUAUGAGAACCUCGAUACCCAGCUGGAGUAUCCCGUUGGGAGCGUUACACGUUUGGCUAUCCAGGAGGCCUACGCCUAUGCGCAGACGCGCAUGUUGGCGGCCGGGACGGGGGUUAUAGGCCUCGCGUUUGUGUGGAUCCUUCUGAUACGCAAUAUUGAUCUUGCCAAGGUACAACAGGUUAAG